GUGGAGGGGCAUCGCUAAAAGAAGAAAACAGAGAGACGGAGAGCGCCAAAAAGUGAACUCAACGGUGUAAAACGGUGAAGAAAAAGCCGAAAUUUGUUGGUGUAUUUCUUGAUCCCAAUCAACCAUAAAAACUGGAAUACAGCUGCCUGUUUUACGUCCUUCGUCUUUGUCCCUGUGGGUUUAUCAUUCGCAUCAUGUCCCAACAAGUCAACCGUGCCGCAACACAGUCAAUCACCCAGAAGUUCCUGAACAAGGAGACGUUGAAAUAUGUGUUUACAACGCAUUUCUGGGGUCCCGUGUCCAACUUUGGUAUUCCAGUAGCUGCUAUCUAUGAUUUGAAGAAGGAUCAGAAGACCAUUAGUGGUCCAAUGACAGGUGCGCUUGUUGUCUAUUCUGCAGUGUUUAUGAGAUACGCCCUAGCAGUGACUCCGCAGAACUACCUACUCUUUGGCUGUCAUGUGAUCAACGAAGUAGCACAGUUGGGCCAAGGCUACAGAUGGUUGGACUAUUGGUACUUUGGUGGAAAGGAGAAAGCCGAAGCUAAGUGAUCCUUUGAUAGGAUUAGUUUAUGUCCAUCUACAUAUACACACGUUUUAUCUCUGCAAUAGCCGAUUGUGGAUUCUCUUUCCAGCACUAGUCGAAUAUACCCUUUGCCUUUGAAGAGUUCUGAGUCAGGCCUAGGUUUGUAGCUGGGUCUCUUUCAACUUGAGUUGGGCCAAGACCAGUUCCUUGAGACUCAUUGGAAGUGGACUCAUCAGCGAGUUCCAGUUUCCGUCUUUUUAUAGAUUCCAGAUAUUGUAGCUUUGCCUCCUGGAUGACUUGACUUCUCGUAUUCACCAACGACUUCAACGUCAAAGCAUCUGCGUUUGGAUCACCCCAAGUGACCCUCGGGCCU